AUGCGGCAGGUUUGCUGCUCAGCGCUGCCACCGCCACUGGAGAAGGCUCGGUGCAACAGCGACAGCGACAGCAGCAGCAGCAGCAGCGGCAGCAGCAGCAGCAGCAGCAGCGACGAGAGCAGCAGCAGCAGCAUCUCUCGUCCCGCUGCGCCCCCAGAGCCGCGGCCGCAGCCACAGCCGCAGCCCCGCAGCCCCGCAGCCCCGAGAGCCGCCGCCCGCUCGCGAGCCGCAGCCGCCGGCGGCAUGAGGCGCGACCCGGCCCCCGGCUUCUCCAUGCUGCUCUUCGGUGUGUCGCUCGCCUGCUACUCGCCCAGCCUCAAGUCGGUGCAGGACCAGGCGUACAAGGCGCCGGUGGUGGUGGAGGGCAAGGUCCAGGGACUGGCCCCAGCCGGCGGCUCCGGCUCCAACAGCACCCGCGAGCCGCCCGCCGCGGGCCGGGUGGCGCUGGUGAAGGUGCUGGACAAGUGGCCGCUCCGGAGCGGGGGGCUGCAGCGCGAGCAGGUGAUCAGCGUGGGCUCCUGUGUGCCGCUCGAAAGGAACCAGCGCUACAUCUUUUUCCUGGAGCCCACGGAGCAGCCCUUGGUCUUUAAGACGGCCUUUGCCCCGGUCGACCCUAACGGCAAAAACAUCAAGAAAGAGGUGGGCAAGAUCCUGUGCACUGACUGCGCUGCCCGGCCCAAGCUGAAGAAGAUGAAGAGUCAGACGGGACAAGUGGGUGAGAAACAAUCCCUGAAGUGCGAGGCAGCAGCUGGGAACCCCCAGCCUUCCUACCGCUGGUUCAAGGAUGGCAAGGAACUCAACCGUAGCCGGGACAUUCGCAUCAAGUAUGGCAAUGGCAGAAAGAACUCACGACUGCAGUUCAACAAGGUGAAGGUGGAGGAUGCUGGGGAGUAUGUCUGUGAGGCCGAGAACAUCCUAGGGAAGGACACCGUGCGAGGCCGGCUCCACGUCAACAGCGUGAGCACCACUCUGUCGUCGUGGUCGGGACACGCCCGGAAGUGCAACGAGACAGCGAAGUCCUAUUGUGUGAAUGGAGGUGUGUGCUACUACAUCGAGGGCAUCAACCAGCUCUCCUGCAAAUGUCCAAACGGAUUCUUCGGACAGAGAUGUUUGGAGAAACUGCCUUUGCGAUUGUACAUGCCAGAUCCUAAGCAAAAGCACCUUGGAUUUGAACUAAAGGAGGCCGAGGAACUAUACCAGAAGAGGGUCCUGACCAUCACUGGAAUAUGUGUGGCUCUGCUGGUAGUGGGCAUCGUCUGUGUGGUCGCCUACUGCAAGACCAAAAAACAGCGGAAGCAGGUGCACAACCACCUGCGGCAGAACAUGUGCCCAGCCCACCAGAACCGGAGCCUGGCCAACGGGCCCAGCCACCCCCGGCUGGACCCUGAAGAGAUCCAGAUGGCAGAUUACAUCUCCAAAAAUGUGCCAGCCACAGACCAUGUCAUCCGGAGGGAGACUGAGACCACCUUCUCCGGGAGCCACUCCUGUUCUCCUUCUCACCACUGCUCCACAGCCACGCCCACGUCUAGCCACAGACACGAGAGCCACACGUGGAGCCUGGAACGUUCUGAGAGCCUGACCUCUGACUCCCAGUCAGGCAUCAUGCUGUCUUCGGUAGGCACCAGCAAGUGCAACAGCCCAGCAUGUGUGGAGGCGCGGGCACGGCGGGCUGCAGCCUACAGCCAGGAGGAGCGGCACAGGGCUGCUAUGCCACCCUACCAUGACUCCAUAGACUCUCUGCGUGACUCCCCACACAGUGAGAGGUACGUGUCGGCCCUGACCACGCCCGCCCGCCUCUCGCCCGUGGACUUCCACUACUCGCUGGCAACGCAGGUGCCGACUUUCGAGAUCACGUCCCCCAACUCGGCCCACGCCGUGUCGCUGCCGCCCGCCGCGCCCAUCAGCUACCGCCUGGCGGAGCAGCAGCCGCUCCUGCGGCACCCGGCGCCUCCCGGCCCGGGGCCCGGACCCGGACCCGGCGCGGACAUGCAGCGCAGCUACGACAGCUACUACUACCCGGCGGCGGGCCCGGGGUCUCGGCGCGGGGCCUGCGCGCUCGGCGGCAGCCUGGGCAGCCUGCCCGCCAGCCCCUUCCGCAUCCCGGAGGACGACGAGUACGAGACCACGCAGGAGUGCGCGCCGCCGCCGCCGCCGCCGCCUCGGCCGCGCACGCGCGGCGCGUCCCGCAGGACGUCGGCGGGGCCCCGGCGCUGGCGGCGCUCGCGCCUCAACGGGCUGGCGGCGCAGCGCGCACGCGCGGCGCGGGACUCGCUGUCGCUGAGCAGCGGCUCGGGCUGCGGCUCGGCGUCGGCCUCGGACGACGACGACGCGGACGACGCGGACGGGGCGCUGGCGGCCGAGAGCACGCCCUUCCUCGGCCUGCGGGCGGCGCACGACGCGCUGCGCUCGGACUCGCCGCCGCUGUGCCCCGCGGCCGACAGCAGGACUUACUACUCCCUGGACAGCCACAGCACGCGGGCCAGCAGCAGACACAGCCGCGGGCCGCCCGCGCGGGCCAAGCAGGACUCGGGGCCCCUCUAG